AUGAUCUUGACCGGUCAGGUGUUUGCGGAUGACAAGACGAAUGGAGUCAAGGAGGAGGAUGCUGUCUCUGCCACACCCGCAGGUAGCUGGAAGAUACAUGAUCGGGACUGCUGGUACAUUGAAGAAACAGGGGAGAUUUUUACUGAUUAUGAAUCCUACUCCACACGGCGUGCUUUUUAUGCUCAGCCUCUCUUUCAAUGUGACGUCAGUGGCAAGUCAUCUAUGUCAUACCUAGGCGCCCUGGCGAACGAGAGGAGAGAAGUGCGGCAGCUACACACUCGAUUUCCUCGCCAGCUCAAGAAAGCAGUCCUUACCGCUGUGCAAUUCCAAAUCGAGGGCAAGCUCGAAAAUCUUGCUGACAAAAUCUUCGAGCGUUUCGUCAACCGGUUUUAUGAUGACGAGAAGGUCUUCGUCGAUGUUGAGGGCGAUAAAUAUCUAGCCCGGAUCGUCAAGACCUUUCCCCCCAGAUCGUUACCCUCUGCACCCCCUUCGCCCGUCAGAAACUUGGGGAGUUCUCCACUACCUUAUCAUCCGUUUGCGGCAGACUUGACUGUCUCACUGGAGGAAGUCAACCAGCAGGACGAUCCGAUGAAGUACUUUUAUUCUGUGCGGCUGAUACAAGAGGGUACAUCCCAGGGAAUAUCAACGGCGCACAGCUCGAAUGAUGCGAACGGGCAUUCCAACGGUGGUGAGGAUGACGGAAGAGGGGAAAAGUGGGCCAGCAUGGUGAAUUCUGACAAAAGUAGUCGUGAUCGAAUCAACUUUUCCCGCGCCAUGCUCAAACGUUUCAUCCGAGACUGUGUGGAACGUGAUGCCGCGGUCUACUCACCGUGGAUGAUCAAACCUCCUAUCGCCAGGCGGUAUGGUUUGCCAGUGGAGAUGCCGCCAGAAGUUCGAGAAAGAAUUCAACGAUACCGGGAGCAACAGAUGGACAAACGGAAACGUGAGCGAGAGGAGAGACUUGGUAUCACCCAUCCGACAGUCAGCGAAGCGGAGGUGGAGGAAGAAAAGGAGAAGCCCAAGACCAAGAAACAAAGACUUGCGGAGGAGAAGAAAUUAAAAGAGGAAGCUGCGGCCUUGGAAGAAGAGAACAAGCGGAAAAAACCCGUCAAAUACCCUGCCGAGGAUCUGUUGGUGGAGUAUUCGGGUGAUCGUGAUGCGGCGGCGGGACGGAUAGAGGCACGGCCAGCACCAGGAAGAACUUUACCUUUUGGUGAUCAAUUUGAAAGGUUCCUGAUGACUUGGAGCUUCUUGAAUGUUAUGGGGAAACCUUUGGGGAUCUCACCUUUUCCUCUGGAUGAUUUCGAACAGUCCUUAUAUCACAACGACCCAUGGACCUCCCCUGCACCACUUAUGACUGAGAUACACGCUGUGCUCCUGAAUUCUCUGAUCCGAGACCUGGCAGCUGGAACUCGAGGAGCGACCACAGAAACCCUACGACCCAUAGCAAUACCUCUGUCACAAAGUUGGUCAACACGCGAGCUCUCAACGCGAGAUGGGAGAAAGGGUUGGGAACUGACUCUGAUCGGUUGUCUUUGGGAACGAGCCUCUUUAGACACUCUUCCAGAUUAUCUUGAUAACAUACUUCAUCUCACAUUUGAAGAUAAACCCGCACCUACUCGACCUACAUGGUCCACCGGCCCUCCCCAAUCAACAGGUCACGGUUUGAUUCCUGCGAAACCAGACAAAAGAUAUUCAACAUUACAUCAUACUCAUAAACUCAACAUCAUUGCUUUCCUCGCUGAACUCGCUGCGCAAACACAGGCCGUUCGAGAGUUCCUCGAAGAGAGUACCACAGCACUCACCGAAGUUCGAAAAGAUCAAGUAGAAGUUCGACGAGAAAUACGACGAAUACAUGCUGAAUUGGAAGCUUUAGAGCCGAAAGAAAAACCAGAAGAUGUUGAAGGUGAAACCAAUGGGAAUGACCACGGUGAUGUGGAAGGUGACGAUGUGAAUAUGGAAGUAAAACAAGAAAGAGGCGAAUCUAUCGAUUUAUCAAUUAAUGCCAAUCGAACAGCCGUCGCCAACGCUCAAAGAGAAGAAGCAAAGAUAAGAAGACUAGAAGGGACCGUGAAAAGUGCUGAAAAAAGACGAUUGACAGAAGAAGAAGAAAUGUAUCUGGUUAAAUUACAUGGGUUGGAACAUGAUUUCAGAUCUCAUCUUUACACUUUAAGAGCAAGACCUAUGGGAAUGGAUAGAUUUGGGAAUAAGCUCUGGUGGAUGGACGGUUUAGGUAGUGCACCUUUGUUAAAUGAAGUAGGAAAAGUAAUGGUAGGUACUGGAAGAGUUUAUUUGCAAGGUGCGGAAGAUUUGGAAGUGGAGUAUCAUCGUGUGACUGCGGGUGAAGUGAGUGUCGAAGAAGUUGAAGAGAGAAGAAAAAAGGAAGAAGGUGAAGGAAGAUUAGGACCUGGUGAAUGGGGUGUUUAUGAUACUCCUGAACAGCUUGCCGCUUUUACCUCGUGGCUUAAUCCCAAAGGUAUACGCGAAUUACCGCUUUUGAAACAACUGCGACAAUGGACGCCAGAUAUACAAGCCGCAAUGCAUCGACGUAGGAUCUUGGCGGGUUUGGAGAAUUCUACAGAGGAUGAACCGAUCAGACGAGUGAGAUCUUCUAGACGUGGAGGGGAUGAGGAUAAAGAUGGGUAUCUAAAUUGGAGAGUGAGUAUUUUUCCUUUGAUCCCUUUUUCUUUCUCACAAUCACGACUCCGAAAUGAUUACCUCCAGCGUGCUUCGUCUCAUAUCCCAGGUACAUCAAUGUCCCCCUUUGGUUGGUAUACAGUGUGUUCCCCUUCAGGCUAUCCGAUCUAG